GCUGCAGUAGGCUGGAGCAGGGGCUCUUCAACCAUGUCCCAUUCCCCUCCCCAGAGGCCCGCGAGGAGGGGGACGCAGGGCGCGGAAGGCAUCCGGAGUGAAGGAUGAACCAGGGACGCCUCGGCGGGGAGCCGCAGAGUGUCGCCGCUGCACCUGGCCGCCGGACGCCGGCUCGGGAGCACCCAGGCGGUGGGGCCGCGGGCCUGCGGGCCGCUCCCGGGGGCCUGGGGCAGCCUCACCCCCGCCCUGCCCCCCGCGAGGCGGCGCAGGGAGCCUGGCAGCCUUUCCUGCAGCUGGCACUGGGUCGCGGCUGGGGCCUGAGCAGCGCAGCGGACUCCGUCCUUCCAGGUGCCCCCGGGAAGGCAGAGUGGGGGACCAAGGGCCAGUCACCCCUCCCAGACAAGAGGAAACAACUCCUGUUGGGUAGAACUUUGGUUUCCUUUAGCAAGAUCCGCCGAACCACACAGGGUUUCAUUUUUCACUUGAUGGGUGUUUGAAAAAAACUGCACCGACCUGGUGGGAAGAGGAAGAAACGCUAUAAACUUAGGGGGCGGGGACAUUUUCUUGGAAGUGACAAGGAGCCUCAGACCUACAGUUUCUGGACCAGCGACAUCGCCCUCCGCUUGGACACCGAAGGGUCUGGACGCUGCCCCCGGGACCAGCACCAAAGACCCCAGGAGGGCUAUGGAGUCCACGCUGGCGACACCCGGUUCUGCCCCGGGCCCAGUCACCUUCUCCCACGUCUUCGGACAGCAGUGCCAACUUAUGGAAGCCGCUGUGCAAUCAUUGCACACCCUAAAUGACCAGAUAUCCCAUUUUAUUGUCACCAAGUCUAAGGCACUGGAGGAGGACAAAGACCCCUUUCUGCCCGCUGAGAAGGAGACUUUGAAGAGUUCUAUGCUGUUGAUGAGGCACCUCUUAAUGGAUGCUCAGGCCAAAAUCCUGAGCAUGAUGGAAGACAAUAAGCAGCUCGCGCUCCGCAUCGAUGGGGCGGUCCAGUCGGCCAGCCAGGAGGUGACCAACCUGCGAGCCGAACUCACGGCCACCAACCGGAGACUGGCGGAACUGAGCGGCGGCGGCGGCCCCGGCCCGGGCCCGGGAGCGGCGGCCAGCGCCUCGGCGCCUGCAGACUCGGCGGCGGCGAACAUGGAGAACCAUCAGCACGGCGCGCAAGUGCUCCUGCGGGGAGAAGUGGCUCGGCUCCAAGAGGAAGUCCACCUCCUCCGGCAGAUGAAGGAGAUGCUGACGAAGGACCUGGAGGAGUCGCAGGGCGGCAAGUCCCCCGAGGUCCUCUCGGCCACGGAGCUCAGGGUCCAGCUGGCCCAGAAAGAGCAGGAGCUAGCCAGAGCCAGAGAAGCCUUGCAGGCCAUGAAGGCCGACCGGAAGCGCCUGAAGGGCGAGAAGACGGACCUGAUGAGCCAGAUGCAGCAGCUGUACGCCACGCUGGAGAGCCGCGAGGAGCAGCUCCGCGACUUCAUCCGCAACUAUGAGCAGCACCGCAAGGAGAGCGAGGACGCCGUCAAGGCCCUGGCCAAGGAGAAGGACCUGCUGGAGCGGGAGAAGUGGGAGCUGCGGCGCCAGGCCAAGGAGGCCACAGACCACGCGACCGCGCUGCGCUCGCAGCUGGACCUCAAGGACAACCGGAUGAAGGAGCUGGAGGCCGAGCUGGCCAUGGCCAAGCAGUCCUUAGCCACGCUGACCAAGGAUGUCCCCAAGAGGCACUCCCUUGCCAUGCCGGGCGAGACGAUGCUCAAUGGCAACCAGGAGUGGGUGGUGCAGGCGGACCUCCCACUGACGGCAGCCAUCCGACAGAGCCAGCAGACGCUCUACCACUCACACCCCCCUCACCCUGCAGACCGGCAAGCGGUCAGGGUGAGCCCCUGCCACUCCCGGCAGCCCUCCGUCAUCUCCGACGCAUCUGCUGCCGAAGGUGACCGGUCAUCCACGCCAAGCGACAUCAACUCCCCUCGACACCGGACACACUCCCUCUGCAACGGCGACAGUCCCGGCCCAGUUCAGAAGAACCUGCACAACCCCAUUGUACAGUCACUAGAGGAUCUUGAAGACCAAAAACGGAAAAAGAAGAAAGAGAAGAUGGGAUUCGGCUCCAUCUCCCGCGUCUUCGCCAGAGGGAAGCAGCGGAAGUCCCUCGACCCCGGCCUCUUUGAUGAUUCAGACAGCCAGUGCAGCCCCACGAGGCAGAGCCUGAGCCUGUCGGAGGGCGAGGAGCAGGUGGACCGGCUGCAGCAGGUGGAGCUGGUCAGGACCACCCCCAUGUCCCACUGGAAGGCUGGCACCGUCCAGGCCUGGCUGGAGGUAGUCAUGGCCAUGCCCAUGUACGUCAAGGCCUGUGCAGAAAAUGUGAAGAGUGGGAAGGUGCUACUGAGUUUGAGUGACGAGGACCUGGAGCUGGGCCUGGGCGUGUGCAGCUCCCUGCACCGGCGCAAGCUCCGGCUGGCCAUCGAGGACUACCGCGACGCCGAGGCCGGCAGGAGCCUGUCCAAAGCCGCUGACCUGGACCAUCACUGGGUGGCCAAGGCCUGGCUGAAUGACAUCGGCCUGUCCCAGUACUCCCAGGCCUUCCAAAACCACCUGGUCGAUGGGCGAAUGCUGAACUCCCUGAUGAAGCGGGACCUGGAGAAGCACCUGAAUGUGUCCAAGAAGUUCCACCAGGUCAGCAUCCUGCUGGGGAUCGAGCUCCUGUACCAAGUGAACUUCAGCAGGGAGGCCCUCCAGGAGCGCAGGGCGCGUUGCGAGACACAGAACACAGACCCUGUGGUCUGGACCAACCAGCGGGUGCUCAAGUGGGUGCGAGAGAUUGACCUGAAGGAGUACGCAGACAACCUGACCAAUAGUGGCAUCCAUGGAGCUGUCCUAGUGCUGGAACCCACGUUCAAUGCCGAGGCCAUGGCCACCGCCCUGGGCAUCCCCAGUGGGAAGCACAUCCUCCGGAGACACCUGGCAGAGGAGAUGAGCGCCAUCUUCCACCCGGCCACCUCCACAGGCAUCCGGGAGGCUGAGCGUUUUGGAACCCCCCCAGGGAGGGCCUCCAGCAUCACCCGGGCCGGGAAGGAGGAGAACAGUGCUGGUACCAAGUACAAGACUGGCCGGCUGCCCCUGGGGAAGAUAGGAAGGGGCUUCAGCAGCAAAGACCCUGAUUUCCAUGAUGACUAUGGCUCUCUUCAAAAUGAAGAUUGUGGAGACGAUGACCCCCAGGGCAGGCCAGAGCAGUGCCGCCUGGAAGGCUACAAUGGCCUGGAGGUCACCAAUGUGUAAGAGAUUGCUGCUUCUCCAGACCCAGUACAGACACUCACGGAGGAAGAACAGCCAGAUGCCAUCGCUGCUGUACAUAGCAACCUCAGGCUGAAGGUGCGCCUCUACUCUCGGGCAUAAUCCCAUCACAUUGCUGCAUUUUCAGAUGGGAGCAAAGGAACCAAGAGGCCCCAGCCUGCCUGUCUUUGGCAGCCCCUCUGCAGUACAGGCGCCGCCUCAAGUGACUGUCGGCUCCUGAGCAGUCCCAGAGGCUCCCAGAGCUUUGAGCUGAGCUGGCAAGGUGGAGGGAGGCCCACAGAUCCCCAAACAUGCUCCCAGGAAGGGCAGGUGGGCCUCUGGGCUGACACACAGAGACCAGGAUGACAGAACUAGAGGCACACAAAGCCUGAGGCCGACCCAGCCCCACUUGGACCUGCCAGCCAGCCUGGUGGACGUCUUCGGCCCAGCAUCCGUGCCCUCCCAUGACGGAGGUUCCAGCUUAGGGCACUGAUUGCUCUCUUGGGAGAAUGCAACAUGGGUAGGUCACUCCCGCCCACCCUAAAAGCCGUGUGUCACAUGAGGUGGAUGUGUGGAAGAGCUGUUUGCCCCCUCCUCCCAGGAGUGGCUACACAAGGUGGAGGCAGGUGAAUGAGGGGUGCAGGGGUGGGACUUAACAGCAACAUUUCCAGGAAAUGCAGACAUCCUGUCACCAGGAUAAAGGAUGUAUGACGACAGGAUCAGAGGUCUGUGACAGCAGGACCAAGGGUGAGUGGCUUUGGGAACGGGGAAGUGCUUGUCCUUGUUAACCCUAUGAGCCUUCAUUGUGAUGUCUCUGUCGCCUGAAACAUAGGCGUGCUCACAGUGCCCUAACUGAGGUGGCUCUUGCAAAGUCAUUAAGGGGGUGGAGAGCGUCCCAGACCUUGCCCUGACCCUGCCACUGUUUUGCUGUGUGGCUUCUUCCCAGUGGCCUCCUGUCUCUGUGCCUCAGUGUCAUCAUCUGCAAUACUUCCAGUUCCCUCCCGGGGACAUUGGGGGGAUUAACACUUGCUAAUGUCUGUAACACACUUUGCAACCUCCCAGGAGACAGGUGGGAAGUCAUGGUAUGGGGAGGAGGAUGUCUAAUUUCCUUGCAACACAGAACGGACAUUGAACUGGUGCUCUCUGGCUCUGUUUUGGAUGGAGCGAUGAGAAAAGGGGGUCAAAGAAUUGACCUCUCCCCACUAGAGAAAGAUGAAAUGCAUCGAAGCUCUGCUUGCACUUCGAUUAUCAAAGCGAAUGAUUCGUUGGAACCACCAUGCUCAAUUCCACUGAAGCCAUUUGCAUGGAGAGUCAAUGGGAGGUUUGAAUUUCUGAGACUCAAAGCAGCUGUCAACCUCUGCAAGCCGUCAAAGCACAUGCUCUUGAACCCGGUGAAUUGUUUCCCCUAAAGGGAAAAGCAUAAACUGAGGCCAGAUGAACUUGAGGAUUACUCUGCCCCAGAGAAAGACCAUUCUCUCCAACUUUGACAUAAGCACAGCCUUUCUUUCCAGCAGAGACCAACUGCCCAGCUGGUGGGCAGGUGUAUGGUCCCCCUUCAUCUGAAUGUUUGGCCUCCUGGGGACACAAGUCUGAUUCCAGGGCCUGAGGGGUGACGCUCUGGUACCUGAGUUGGCUUUGCUGAGGUUCAAAACCCCGUAUCUUUACGACAUUCAGCCACACACAGGGGCCUGAAGCUGUAGAGCCUACAGCCCAGGGAGGGGAAUAAAACCUCCCGGUAACCUGAUGCCUCAGGUCACUCCCUAGCAGCACCCAGACUGGGCAACCCAGGACCCCAGCGACUGCCUCUAGGCAAGCAGCGAACCAGGCAGGCUGCUAUUCCUGCAGGGUGAGUGGGAAUGUCAGGAGGGUGCCCGAACGCUGGCCUGAUCAUUUGAAACCAGUGUUCACCCGAGUUGUCAGAAAUGAAGCUUGCGUUGUUCCCUGAUUCUAUUCCAUUGAGGAUGCGAUGGGCAAGUGGGCAAUUGGGGGAUCACUGGCAUUGCCCGAAACAUUUGCAGCAUUAGGCCCACGGGGCUGGGGCAAUGUGGGCUUGGUCCUUAAAGGCUGACAUGGCAUCUGAACCUGGAAACAUAUGAAUGUGCUUUUUUUGAGAGGUGUUGUCACCUGUGCCCAUGGGUGCUGGCCCUUAGAAAGAGGUAGUUGGUACCAGAGUUUGGGAAGAACCAGGGUAGGCAGAGCCACCCCCAUAUUUCUCCUAGAAGCUGGGGGCCAGAACCACCAGAAGGCACCUUCCCGUGAGCUCUUAGCUUUCUGAUCCCAGACACCUCUGAAAGGCCCCUUUGCUGUCAGCUGAGCAGAAUGUUUCUCCCAGGAAUCCAUCUGUCAGCGUCACAGUCCUCAGACCCCAGGCUGCAGGAGGCAGGGGGAAGCCACAUGAAAACCUGGACCUGGUGAAGCCGAGGAGAAGGGGUCUGUACACAGCCCAGCCAGCACAGAGGGGCCUCAGAGCAGUGCCUCCAAAUCCCAAGCUAAUGAACAGGUUGGGUCUGGCAGAAUGGGAAGAUUUGACAAGAUGUGACUUCAGUGCUUACUGCGGGGGCACCCAGAUCCCUCUACUGCUCCAAACCCAGCUCCCCCCUUCCCCUGCCACACCACACGUUCUGCGCCCCAUCACUUCCAUGCUUCAACAGGCUCCUGGUAGUUGAGUGGUGAGGAAAAGGAACCCCAUGGGAAAUGGCAGCUUCUGAAGCUAACACUGCCCCCAGCGGCGGGCUGGCGAGGAGGAUUUCCUAAGCCCUAACACACAGGGGAGGUUGCGGCUGCAAAGCAAACGAGUUGUCCACGAGCAAAGAUGAUGUGGCUGACCUUUAGUGGCUGGUCACGGCCCCGAAUGUCUUCUCAAGAGUGAAUUUUAACACUGUAACAAUAAAUACUACUGCACAGUGCUGUAUUGAUCUGUA